CAAGUUUUAUUAAUGUUUCGUCUUCAUCUGAUGCUGUUUAUUAUAAAGACCAACGUUUGAUUGAUUCAACCUGUCUGAGUAAAUUAUUUACAAAUUUAAUGGUUGUUGAAUUACCCAAUAGUUGCCAUCAAAAAGUAGAAGAUGCUAUUGAAUUUGUUAUAAACCAAAAAUCUUUGAAAGGAUUAAUCAAUAAUAUGGUUGAACCAAUAGAAAAAUAUUGUGAUGAACUCGAAAUGCUAUCUGUCAAUAAUUUCAAUCCACACACUUUACGAAAUGGUUCCAGCUUAAAACAAUUGACUGUUUCGAAUUAUAGUCUAGAGGCUUUGGAAAGAGAUGCCCAUUAUUUGCCAAACCUUGAAAGACUAACGAUACAAAUUACUGGUCCAGACAAUCCCUACGAUGGUCCAGUAUUGGAAAAGCUCAAAAUACUUGAAUUUUAUUACUAUUGCUGCCAGGCAGACAUUUUUCAUUGUUUCCAGUUGAUGGAUUCAUGUCCAAAUUUACAAAGUGCACAUAUUUCCGGGGAUACUACUAAUUGGUUUUUUGAUGAAACAUUGAAACACAAAUGUUUGCAAGAUUUAGUUAUACAUUGUUAUGAUGAUGAAAAUGAUAACUGGGAAUAAUUUACAAAGAUUGCUUAUUAGAUAUCCGAAUCUCAAACAUCUGCGUUGUGGGGUUUUGAGGGUAUAACAGAUGAACACAUCGAGCAAUUGAUUCACAUUUUACCCAAUUUAGUGCUAUUGGAUGUUAUCGGGCUUGAUGGAGUCACUCAAAGAGCUGCUGAUUAUGUUAAAGAUUAUUGCAGAAGAAAUGGCCGAUCAACCAAAUUUUACUUCAAUGGAAAUUGUAAUGAAAUCAAAUCAGAUUGGCCUCAGUUAUCCACUAAACACGAAAAAAUUAGUCAAGGCUUUGAUUUCAUGAAACAUUGCUUUCGCAAAGACUUUAUCUACCUUCCACAUUUAUUGAUUCCAAUUGAUUAUUGAAAAGUAUUUAUUAAUAUAUUUAAAGUAUUUGUUAUUUUUACUUCGAAAGCACAUUCGAAGAGUUUCAACUUAAUCUGUAUUAUUCAUGAGUGAACGUCCAUAUUCACGUGUAAUACUGUCAGAUUUUUUGUGAGCAAUUGUAGGUGAGGUGCACAUAUUAAUUACAUCUUGAAUGAAUACCCUACAGUCAUUUGCAACAUAAAUGCAGAUAUUAUUCAAAAUGGGAUUAGAUGGAGCAGCGGCAGCUAAAGCCUGGAUACUUUGUGUGUGAGUGUGCGAAACAGUUAAUCUGAUAAAAAAUUGCUUGGUAAAGCGUUUUGACAAAUGAAAAGAUUGAAGGUAAAAAUGGUUUUAUAAUGAUUGAUACUUUUAUGCUGUUUAUGUUAUGCUAACAUUUAUUUGACUUCUUUGGAGAUAUAUUGAUCUAAAAAAGUUUUGUUGGAAUUGAAUUUGUUUGAUUAAAAAUGUACAUGGUUCAAGAUUGCAAUAAAAUUUUAAAGUAAAACAUGAUUAGACUGCAAAUUGAAUAGAGGCAGCAAUUUUCAGUGGACUAGUAAUUAAGAUUAAGUCGUCUAAACCGGAGAUUUUUAAAAAUCUGAACUGAAAUUGAAUCCAUUAAAUUAGAAUUUCAAUUUUUGAAUUGCAAUUAAGAAUGUAUCUGCUGACAUCUAUGGGAACUACAGGGAAAAACAAUUUUAAAUGAUACAUUCUGGUCAAACCUAGUGAUUCACCGUUGAAUUCCAUCUUGGCUACAAUCACUAGACUCAAGGAAAACUGUAGUCCAAGCGUUUUAUUAUAAAAUGUUGAUCAACGAAAUUCCCGAUGAUUGUUUGCUAACCAUUUUUGAUUAUCUGAACAACCUGGAGGAUUUAAUAAACUGUUAUAAAGUGUGCGCCAAAUGGAGCUAUUUAAUUGCUGUGCGGACUAAAAAAGCUAAAUAUAUAAUAUAUGAUCCUGGUUAUUUAUCUGAAGCUGUUUAUUUUAAAGACCAAUGUUUGAUUGAUACAACCUGUCUAAGUGAAUUAUUUACAAAUUUAAUAGUUGUUGAAUUACCUGUUAGUUUAUAUCAAAAAGUAGAAGAUGCUAUUGAAUUUGUUAAAAACCAAAAAUCUUUGAAAGGAUUAAUCAAAAAUAUGGAAGAACCGAUAGAAAAAUAUAUUGAUGAACUCGAAAUGCUUUCCGUCUUUGAUUUCAAUCCAAACAAUUUAAGAAAUGGUUCCAGCUUAAAGCAAUUGGAUGUUGGGGAAUAUAGUCUAAAAGCUUUGGAAAGAGAUGCACAUUAUUUGCCAAACCUUGAAAAACUAACGAUUCAAAUUAUUGGUGUAGACAAUCCCUACGAUGGUCCCGUAUUGGAAAAGCUCAAAAUACUUGAGAUUUAUCACUAUUACGAUUGCUUCCCUGCAGAACAAUUGUUCUAUGGUUUCCAGUUGAUAGAUUUAUGUCCAAAUUUACAAAGUGCACAUAUAUGCAUCGAUAUUACUAAUUGGUUUUUUGAUGAAACAUUGAAACACAAAUGUUUGCAAGACUUAGUUAUACAAUUUGAUGGAUAUGCUAAAGCUAAUGAUACCUGGAAUAAAUGUAAAAGAUUGCUUAUGAAAUAUCCGAAUCUCAAACAUCUUGCGUUGAGGAGUAUUUUGGAUAUAACAGAUGAACAUAUCGAGCAAUUGAUUCACAUUUUACCCAAUUUAGUGCUAUUGGAUGUUAUCGGGCUUGAUGGAGUCACUCAAAGAGCUGCUGAUUAUGUUAAAGAUUAUUGCAGAAGAAAUGGCCGAUCAACCAAAUUUUACUUCAAUGGAAAUUGUAAUGAAAUCAAAUCAGAUUGGCCUCAGUUAUCCACUAAACAUGUAAUAAUUAGUCGAGGCUUUGAUUUCAUGAAACAUUGCUUUCGCAAAGACUUUUGGUCCCUUUCAGAUUUUUUGAUUCCAAUUGAUUAUUGAAAAGUACUUAUUAAUAUAUUUUUUACCUUGAAAGCCCAUUCGAAGAGUUUCAACUUAAUCUCUGGAUGAAUGCACUUUAUUUCGCGAUCUAUUUUUCUAAUGAAUAUUAUCUAUUGUCUAACCUGUAGAAAAGUCUUUUUGGUCAAAUGAUUAGAACUUUAGAUCCUUAGAUAACUUUCAUCGAUGUUUCAAAAAUUAUGAUGAUAGGUAAAAGAUAAAUGGUUGUUGCUAUAUCUACACCCUGUAGUGAUUCACCAUUGAAUGUUAUUUUGGUUAUAAACACUAGACUCAAGGAAAACUGUACUUUUAAGCAUUUUAUUCUUUUGAUAUUUCAAUAUUAAAACGUUGAUCAACGAAA